CUCCAGCCUUCCUCUUUGUAGAGUACUUCAUGAGUAGUUCGCAGGGGAUUGCCCAGGCGGUAUUUUUAUGGGGCUUCUUUUUUUCUCAGUAACUUGUAAAGUGGAACUUAGUAUUCCUUUUUUUGGUUCAGUGAGAUCACGGAGUGGGAGGCUCCCUUCGCGCCUACACAUUUCAUCACUAGAGCGAACUGUAAAUCAUUUCUUUGACAGAAGGACAGAACCAGCAGAAAGAAAGCUCGAGCCGGGGCAUACACUAGGCACUCCAACUUCGACGAGGAUGGUGGCGACUGUUUUUCUACUUUUGGUUGCCGCUGCAGUGGCAUUGGGCGACUCUGAAGUCAGACUCGGAAAACCAGAGAAAGUAAAAGUGAAUUCCAAACACUUCAGAUAUAUCCUGACAUGGGAGUCGCAUCAUUCAAAUACUUCAUUAAAUGUAUCGUAUCAAGUGCAGUACAAACGAUAUGGCCGUCAUCUGUGGGAAGAAGCACUCUGUUCCAAUAUUUCGCAUUGUCAUUGUGACCUCACCGUGGGCCUCUUGAGUCUGUAUUUCAAACAGGAUCAUCACAAGGAUCAUCACAAGCAUUACAAUGCCAGAGUUCGAUCUGUCUCUGGGAACAUUACAUCUAACUGGACAGUAUCCGUCAGGUUCAGCUUGCUGAAAACUGAAAUAGGUCCUGCUAAACUUGAAGUAUGGAGAGAUGGCAACAACUUCAACUUCAGAAUUUCCCCACCUGUUUUGAUGGCCGGAAGCCAUACAAAAAGUAUUAAAGAAGUGUUUUUGUCAAGGUUACGCUACACUGUUCUCCUGAGGAGCUCCAAGGAUAACGAAACACAUCCCUAUAUUGUCUUCCAUGAGAAUGGAAGCAUCCCAUACAUGGAGCACAAACAGACCUACUGUGCCAUUGUGACUGUAGAAGUGGAGAGUUACCCAUCAAAUCAGAGCAUGGAGUCAGAAGAGCAGUGCAUCACCUUUCCUGAAAAAGGUAAUGUUUUUAGUGUCGUCCUUGCCGGAGGUUGUGUUGUUGCUGUCAUCCCAGGGUUGCUAGUGAUUUUUGCUCUCCUUAUUCACGCUUACAUCCAUCAGCCCACAAAGACUCCAGACGUGCUGAAAUCUAUCUUAGAGCACAAGUGCUACCCUAGGACUCUAGACCAUCGCAUCUUUAUGCAUGAGAAAUGUAUAGAGAAUUUUACAGUAUGCACACCAUCCAUGAGGCCUUGUAGCUUAGACAGUGGUGUGUGCUUUGAACGUCUCUCACCUUUCAUGUCAACCUUUCAUGCAUUCCAUCAGGAUUGCCAAGAGAAGAUGCUGAAAUUGCAAGACCAGAGUGACCCAGAGGAAAAAUGCACCAGUGUGGACAGUGGUGUUUGUUUUAGGAGGGCAUCUUCAGAGUCUUCCCAGUCACAUGGUUUUCAGAAUGAUCUGCAUCAGACCCAGACAUAUGACUUAGAAGAAACUAAUGCUGUAAGAAUGUGUUCUACUGAUGAUAGUGGGAUAAGCAUGGAAAGGCAGUCCUUGUGUGUAAGGAGAUAUAGCUAUUUGGGCACGAGUCAGCCUGCUGCUUGUGAGGAAGGAGAACUUGUUCUUGCAUAUGGCAGUAGCUGUGACAGUGGUGAUGGCAAUCUCCAGAAUGGGAUAGAACCUGUGCAUUUCAAUAUGUACUUGAAACAACAGACCGUAACUACACAACUUGUAGAGGAUCAGGAAUUACACGGGGACAGAAAUAACGCAGAAGGCACAGCACAAAGCCCUGACACAGACCACUUUUAUAGUUGGAGAUGUCCAAAUUUUGAAAAUGUUAGUAACGUAGGUGAUGGAAUAGAAAGAGCAGAAGGUGUCUCAGACUUUGAAGAGUUCCAGCCUUAUCUGAAACAAGCACCUGCACAUAUAAGCAGCAAUGAUUUAGAGUUAGACAGUGUUGAUAGUACGCAUGAUAACCAACCUUAUCUGAGCAGCUUCUUGCAUAAACUUGAAGUUACACAAUCUGAUCAGUGCAAAGAUGAUCUGUACAGACCAACAUAUCAGAAUCAGGACUAUAAACUUCUAAAGUCAUUGCAAGUCUGUUCUGAUCUUUCUGUAGAAAACUCUGCAGUUCUUCACUCCUGGGCAGUGCCAUCCAGAUGUACACAAUGGGAUCCUACAGACAUGCAGAGUGUUAAUUUACUAACAGACAUGGAAAUCAUUGUUGCUAACCUUUAA